AGAGUCUACAACCAUGCUAGCAGCUUGUGGGACAGUAGGCACCACAAUUAUUUUAGAUAAAAGUUUAAUGUUAAGUAUAAUGUUAUGCUAAACUAAACAAUGUGUUAUUUAAAGAGUAACAUGGUUUGCUGGUUAGCUAACAAGUUUGGUAUGUUAGCAUGCUAACAUUUGCUAAUUAGCACUGAACACAAAGCACUGCCGAGGCUGAUGUGAAUGGCAUUGGCUUUGUAAGUAUUGGAUUCAUUAAAAUUCAUCGUCUGAGAACCAUGAAUGUCUGUAAAAUUUCAUGGCAAUCCAUCCAAUAGUUGUUAAGAUUUUUCAGUCUUAAUCUAACUAAAAUGGUGGCCCAACCUCUAGCAUGGCUAAAUAUUAUAUAAUGUGACGAUGUAACUAGGUUUGUUUGUGUUCUUUUGUUAACCAAGGUGUGUGUUGAGUGCUGAGUAGGUGUAGGGUGUUCAUUGUCUGACACUUUAAUCAUUAUAGUUUUUGCCUCACAAAUGCAGCUGUUUGUUUGAUUAAAGCAGAUGAAGUCAGGCCAUUAAAAGUCUUCUGUCAAAGCUUUGGCGAAAACUGUGUAAACUGUGAUGAAUAAUUCAAAGACAACUAUCAUUUUACUUCAGAUAAGCUUGCUAGGUUGCCAUGGUAGUAAUGCAUGUAUUAUUUACUGGCAGUGUGAGUCUGAUUAUAAGGCAGCUUACAGGCUCUCAGUUGUUUUUAGAUCUGUUCAAACUGUGAGGAUUAAACGUGGUAGUAAUCCAUGGACAAAUAAUGUGUCUGAGCUGCAUGUCUACCUCCGAAUGAGACGCAAGGAGCUACACUGCAGUGUUGUGGACCAUGUAAUGUGGCAGAGGGUUUGCAAUGGAGGGGACAAUGCUGACGGCAGGACAGGAGAAGCCACAGAAGCGGGUGAGGUUCCGCGUGGCUUCCGGGAACAGCGGGCGGGUGCUGAAGGAGAUGUUCAAGGAUGAGGGGCCUUCAGACUCCCUGGAUUCAGACUGCACCAGCAGCUCUGACGCCGAACGGGCCAGCACCCCCUCUACAAGUGGGGAUGUACAUGGACACCUGUAUGGAUACCUGGGCUCUGAGCUGGAUGACAGUGAGUGUGAGCCUGAUGAUCUGCUCAUGUAUGCAGGGGCCACCAAGGACUGGAUGUUCACCACCAAGAGGGUCAACAUACUCAGUAAAAAUGGGACCGUGAGAGGGGUCAAGCACAAAGUCAGUGCAGGUCAGACGCUGUUUGAAAACCUUCCCAACUCCAACAGUAUGGAGUUAUCUCUUGAAUUUGGGCGGAUAGUGAUCUACACUACGAGUUUCCGUGUGGUGAGGACAACCUUUGAGCGCUGUGAGCUGGUCCGGAAGAUCUUCCAGAACCACAGGGUGAAGUUUGUGGAGAAGAACAUCGCGCUGGACUGCGAGUACGGGAAGGAGUUGGAGGAGCGGUGCAAACGUGUGGGAGAACCUCCUUCCUUACCAGUUGUGUUUGUCGCAGGACACUACCUUGGGGGUGCUGAGAAAAUACUCGGAAUGAAUGAGUCAGGAGAGCUUCAAGAUCUUCUCACAAAAAUUGAGAGGGUACAGCUGCCCCAGACGUGCCAGACCUGUGGGGGCUUUGCCUUCGUCCCGUGCCCAAUGUGCCAUGGCAGCAAGAUGUCUGUGUUUCGCAACUGCUUCACGGAUUCCUUCAAAGCCCUCAAGUGCACUUCCUGCAACGAGAACGGCCUGCAGCCCUGUGUGAGCUGCAGACAGUGAGGAUGUUAAGUGCCUGACCCAACAUCCUUGCUUCCUUCUCUGGGACCUCACACAGGACCUUAACAGUGAACUGCAACACAGGCAGUGACAUGAAACACAGCAGGACUCU